AUGAGCGAUGCCAUAUACAAGAAUGGCCUUAGCCUAACUAAACCUACAGCUGCUGCACGCGAAGAUACCCUGUACGACGAGCUUAUCAACAGCUUCCCCCAACAUACUGAGCUCCUAUCUGCCCAAGAGAUUCCCUUAUCAAAAUGGACGCUCCUGGCGCGCCUGGUGGUGAAACAGCCCGACGACGAGCCUGCGACCUACUUUCUAAAAUGUGCCGCCGGAGAAGCUGGCCGGGUGAUGAUCGAAGGCGAAUUUCACUCAAUGUCAGAGCUAUACAAAACCAUGCCCGAGCUUGUUCCAAAACCAUACGCCUGGGGAACGUUGAAGACUUUCCCGGUCGAGACGUAUUAUCUCCUGGUCGAGUUCCUCGACAUGUCUGACGGCUUACCCGAGCCUAACCAGCUCUGUGCCAAGUUGGCCAGGCUACAUAACACCAGCGUGUCACCGACAGGGAAAUUCGGCUUUGACAUCCCGACAUGCCAGGGUCGGAUCCCUCAGGCCGUAGCCUGGGAGAGUAACUGGAAUCUCUACUUCGCCAGCCUGCUCCGCCAUGUCAUUGCUCUAGAUGACGCAGAAAAUGGUAGCUGGGACACUCUCAGCGUACUCGAGGAUCGGCUUCUUGCUCAUGUGGUCCCACGUCUCCUGGGAAACCUCACCAAAGAUGGUCGUGUGGUAAAACCUUCUCUCAUUCAUGGUGAUCUUUGGGAAGGCAACACAGGGAUAUCACGCGAGACGGGGAAUAUCUACCUCUUCGACGCAGCGGCCAUGUAUGCGCACCACGAGCUCGAGAUUGGGAAUUGGAGGUGCAGCUACAACAAAAUCCACCACAAGGUCUAUACACAGACGUACUUCCGCUACAACGGGCCCAGCGAACCCACGGAAGAAUGGGCCGAUCGGAACCGGCUUUAUUGCAUCUACUAUAAUAUACUGUACUCGGUGAAUCACAGGAGCCAGGGGCAGGCGGUGCGUCAAACGGCUUUUGACGACAUGUACUAUCUGAUUGACAAGUUCGCACCCUUUCCCGAAGGCCAAGGACCUGCGCGAAUCAAAGAUGCGGAUAGAGCCGUUCUAUCCGACGAGGGAGAUCAUACCAAAAGUUGA